AGAAAACUGACUGAUUAAGCGGCCUGAUGGGCGUUAAAAUAUUUUUACUGUUUUUUUGGUAACUUAGCAACAGUUUAAGAUUAUGAUAAAAUGGACCAAAACUGCCUUUUUACGAAUUUAUUUUCUUGAAGUAAAAGUGACAGGAAAUGGGGCCAAAUCGAGAUUAAUUUUUAUAUCGAUGUUCAUUUAAUUGUUAAUCUAAUGCCUAUAAAGUAUAACCGUGGAAAUGUAAGAAAAAUUGGUUUUCGUACCAGAGGUAUAUUAGCACAAUCCCUUGAUGUCAGCGCUCCACGUGUGGACUCUGGAGCAGGAGGAGAUGGUAGGUUAUUUCUACAAAUUCGACCUGCUCUGGCUGAUCCACGUCAUGCUGUAUUACAAAGAUCUAAUUCAACUUUGUCGGGUAACUCAUAUUUAUGCAAAGAAGAUCCUAAAGACGACAGCAAUGGACUACAGGCUGUUGGAGAAGGCAAAGUACAAUUAUCACGCACCCCACAGGAAAAAGACCGUCUCCCGGAUAGGAUUAGUCUUGAUAGACGGGGUCUCUCAUCAAUACCUCAUAUCGUGGGCGAGCCAGGCUUGCGACUGCUCUCCCUACAACAUAAUUUGAUUAAUACCCUUUCUGGUCUGUCACCGCUUGAUUUAAGUAAAUUAGUUUUUCUAGAUGUCUACGACAACCAGAUCGAUAAAAUAUCAUCGCUUGAUAGACUCUUCAGCUUAAGAGUACUACUUAUGGGAAAGAAUAGAAUAAAAAGAAUUGAAGGAUUAUCCAACCUUAUAAAAUUGGAGGUUUUGGAUUUACACGGUAAUCGGAUAAUUAAAGUUGGCGGAUUAUCGAAUCAGAGCGAAUUAAAGGUGCUCAAUUUAGCGGGUAAUCAGAUCAAAAGUAUGGCACCAUCAGAUCUUCAAGGCCUGAUCUCGUUGAGAGAGUUAAACUUAAAACGUAACCGCUUAAGGAAACUACUCGGUUUUCAAAACACUCUAAAGCUACAGAAGUUGUAUCUUGGAAAUAAUGAUUUGCAAAGUAUCGAAGACGUCGCUUCAUUGGCUGAAGCAACGUCGCUAGUGGAUGUAUCUCUGGACGGAAAUCCGGUAGCAUUAGGCGGAGACUGCACGCCGUUUCUAGUUUCCUAUCUCCCCAAUCUAGUUACGUUGACGAACAUGCAUGUUAGUGAGCAGGUACGACAAGCAGCUAUGGCUUGGCGCAGUAACAAGGAAGCAGCUCACGCAGCGUACUGCGCUCUCAGUGGCUCCGCGCAACAAGCCGCUAGGAGAGACCAAAUUAUACAUAACGCAAGAACUAAUUGGGAACUACUUAGAUCAGAAAAUAAGUGUUUUAUUUCCGCCACUACGCCAACAAAACAAAAUGAAGAUGAAAAACAAAUUGAGGCCCGAUCGUCUAAAGGUACAAAGAAUGAUGCAACACAAACAGUGGAGACAGUCUGCACUCCGGAUCUAAUAGCUUCAACUCAACACCUCGAGGUGCAAGAACCCAAUAAAGGCAAUAGAAGUAAUAGCGAAAUAAAGACAAAAACUAUUCAUGAUAGUACAAAUUCAAAAUCAGUGCCCACUAAGAAACUCCAACGAAGUUCAACUGCCCGGAAGCCAUCUGAAAGACGAGUGAACUUCUCAGAAAGGAGCGCCUCCCAAGAAACGGACGCCUCGCACUCAACAUCCACCAGCAGCGAUUUACGUCUCCCUCCGAUCUUACUGCCAAUAAUAUCAUCCUUGGAAAAUGUUAAGCUAACAGAUAGUUCCGAACCUAUACUCAAAAGGUGGGAGAGCAUAUCCAGCGUAGAACCAGUUGGAGAUUCGUCGUUUAGCUCCCUACAAUCAUCAACCAGUGACAGCGACGAGGAGACCAUUAAGAGACAAUUCCGUAGAGUCCCAACAGUAUUGAAGAGGCGUGAACAUUUUAGCACGGUGCGAUCAAAAUCAGUCUGCGAUCCAGAAAGCAGAAGAGUUAAGACAAGCAAAAAUGUUGACAGUGAAAACGCUAGUAAUAUAUCUUCUGGUACGAAUUUCUUUUCUGUUGGCACAUCCUCAACAUCUGGAAGUGAUAACAAUAGUAAGACUCUUAAGCGGCAAGGCUCAUUAAAUGGUAGACCGAACAGAAACAUCCGCAGCGCCACAAUAACGAGAAGAAGUGAGCGCGCUUCCUCAGCUCACAGAGCAUCCACGGCCCGAGCCAAGUCAACGAAAGCUAUAGCCAACAUGAAGUACUCGGAACCAAUAAAGCCAGUACCACCGAAGGACCGAGAACAAGGAGUCGAUUAUCUGAUAGAAGUCAGUGAAGGCGUUGUCAGUGCGUGGGGCGCGGGAGCGGUCAGACGACUAGCUAGAGACUGGGAAUGGGAGAAAGCGAAGACUGUCAAUCAUGCAGCUUUCCAUUACGUACAUUUUAAUGCUGUUGCGCAAUGCCUACCGGAACUGAAAGCCAAGUUUCCAAACGUCACUUCCUUAUCUGUCCGGGCGACCGGUUUACAGAAUUUGGGCCAAUUACACGCUCUGGCUGAACUACGGGGACUGACAUCGUUAACCGUUAUGCCGGAGGGUAACCCUAUAUGUGUCAAAACAUGGCGGGAGUACUCUAUAUAUAGACUUGCUCAUUGGGGCCUAAAAGAGAUUAAUAGUGAAACGGUGACGGAUGAGGAAAUCAAAUCUGCCAAUGCAACGUAUGCUGGCCUCAGUGAUGUUGUACUCCGUGCACUUCCAGACGCUCCUUUACAACCAUUACUAUCAAGAUUAGGUAAAAGUAGGAACAGUACGAUCAGCGCCAAGGCCUGGCUGCGGGCUGCAGAUCCCGCAUUAAGAGACGUUAUCGCCAAAGAGGCUUUGCAAUAUAAGAAAAGUCACGUGUCACAGGAGGAUAUGACUUGGCGGGUGCGCGGUCGCGGUCAGUUAUCGCACGCUAUAGAUCUAGCGUGUGGGGCCGCCAUUAGACUAAGAACACUCGAAUUACAAUGGCCGACGAUUUUCGUCGAAAUGAUCGAGGAAGUGUUACAAGAUUUUUCUGACAUGGAAAAUCAUGUUAAAGAACAAAUGCGUAUGCUUAUGGAUACAUUAUAAGUUAUUGUUGAUCUUUUUAGAUAGAUUUUUAUCAAAGCUAGUGUGAUGCUCUACAAAAUACAGAAAAAAAUUUAAGAUAACUCAUUUACAAUGUUAACAUUCUUCUUUACCAUAGACAAUUUAGUAUAUUUUUAUUAAAAGUGCUAAGAAAUAAAAGUAUACAACUAAAACAAAUUCAUAACAUCGUUCCUGUAGUUUAAUUUCAUUUUACAUGUUCAUAAAUGUAUUUUAUACAACCUUAUAUAGUUUUCAGUUAUUGAAUGCGGAAGAACAUAGUUUAUAUUUAUUAUACAGAACUGAUAGAUUCACAUAGUUGCUCAAUAGUUUAUUAAGAUAGAACUUUCACGGCUUUGUUCCUAUAGGUUAAAAAGAAUCAUAUGCAAAUAUUCAAGAAAUUGACGAAUAAACAUCAGUUUAUAGUCUCUAAUAAUUUAUGAGUGAAUAAAUCUAACAGACUUAAUAUGUCGAAAAUUCUAUAAUGUACAAUGCAAAAAUAUCACAAAUUUAGAUAUUAGGUAAUGGUCAAAAAAUUGUAAAAUAUAUUAUACUGA